UGUUUCUGGUCGCUUGUGCAGAAGCUACAGCGCAAAACACCUGGGCCACGUUGACGGCGUGUUAAAUUCAGGUAGAAUGAGCGUGGGUUUCAUAGGAGCGGGCCAGCUGGCCCACGCUCUGGUGAGAGGCUUCUCAGCAGCAGGCGUGAUUGCCACGCAUAAAAUCACAGCCAGUUCUCCAAACACCGAUCUCCCCACAGUGCAGCAACUACGGAAACUGGGUGUAAAUUUCACCACCAGCAACAAGGAGACAGUAAGCAGGACUGAUGUUCUCUUCCUGGCUGUGAAGCCCCACAUUAUUCCUUUUGUACUCGAUGAAAUUGGACCGGAUAUUGAAGACCGUCACCUUAUUGUGUCCUGUGCUGCAGGUGUCACAAUCAGUUCCAUAGAGAAGAAGCUACAGCAGUAUCGCACUUCUCCAAAGGUGAUACGUUGCAUGACCAACACUCCAGUGGUAGUCCGCGAGGGGGCCACUGUCUACGCCACAGGAACCUAUGCAGAGGUGGAGGAUGGAAAGCUCCUGGAGCAGCUGAUGGCAAGUGUUGGCUACUGCACUGAGGUAGAAGAGGACCUGAUUGAUGCCGUCACCGGCCUAAGUGGCAGCGGACCCGCUUAUGCAUUCACAGCUGUAGAUGCUCUUGCUGAUGGUGGAGUGAAAAUGGGCCUGAAUAGGAGACUGGCUGUACGCCUCGGAGCCCAAGCACUGCUGGGGGCUGCUCGGAUGCUGUUAGACUCAGAGCAACACCCUGGGCAGCUCAAGGACAAUGUGUGUUCACCAGGGGGCGCCACCAUCCAUGCCCUACAUGUCAUGGAGAGCGGUGGCUUCCGCAGCCUGCUUAUCAAUGCUGUAGAGGCUUCUUGCAUUAGGACUAGGGAACUUCAGUAUUUGGCUGACCAAGAGAAGAUCUCCCCUGCUGAUAAAAAGACAACUCUGGACAAAGUGUUGCAGCAACCAGGAGUCACUCCAGAGGCUGUCGCAGUCGGGCCUCGUGGGAUCAGUAUCUUCAACAGCAGCAGCUCCAGGACAAAAAAUAAAUAAUUUUCUGCCGAGUCAGAAAACUUUAAUGCAACUUGUCAUAUCACUGAUGAUCCAGGUAUAUGCUGCCGAGACCACUGCUGCCAGGUAAUUGUUGACAUAAGGAAGUAAAUCACCUAAAAGUGAGGUGAGAACAGACAAAAAGAACAGUGUGAGCAAUAAUAACUUCCUUUUGUAAUAAAACCUCUUUUUGUUACCAUAAAAUGUCCCUGUUCAUAUCCCUGUUCCUCAUCUUUUAGUUGACUCAUGGAAUAAAAAUGUUGCUGCUGUGGCUUUCUAAAUCUUAUUUCUGUUGAUCCCAUUUCAUGCCAAAGUGAGGUUUACUUAACUGUUUUUCUGCAGGUGGUAUCCCAUUGCAGCUUGGAUUUUGACUUUGUACCAAAAUGAUGUUUCACCAUACUAAAGAUACUGUUAAAAUGCUCAAAAUGCCAUAUUUUGUACUGCAGAUAAGUGUGCUUUCAAAAUAGUCUUAGUCUAUUAUUAAA